UAGCCUGAAAAGAAGUCAUGUUCUAAUAAUAGAAAUCAGGGUUUCCUGUUAUAAAUACAUGUAUAUGCAACACGCGAAUGGCGCUGUGGUACAUGAUUUGAGCCAAUGGAAGAAACGGUAAACGAAAAGCCAGCAUAGUAGUAGACGUCGUCGGAUAAAUACUGAAAUAAUCAUUUCAGUUGAGCGUAAGGUAAAAUCCAUAUCAAGCAAAUCGUCAGGAUGGUGAAGCAACUCAUGGAUAUGUGUUUGGGCUGCAUAGCCCAGAACCUUCACGUCAUCAGCAACGUCGGCAAACACCUCCCCACAUUGCACAAAGAGAAAAUACUCAAGUGGGUCGUGAAUCAUAAUAUGCUGACGACAGAAUACGUUCCACAUGUCACGUAUCAUCUCUUCUCUCCCGCACUGAGGUCCAUCUCGUUCAACCAUUGUGAUCAGAUCACAGAUAAGCUGCUCAUUCUGCUUGAUGACUGCAAGUGCGUUCUGGAGAGUAUCACGAUUGACGGGUGUAAAGUGACAGAUGUUGGUGUAUCAGCCUUACUGAGCCAUCAGGAUGAACUGCAGACCCUGGUCUUGAAGAAAAUAUCUGAGCUGACAGGGACAGGGUUAGAAGUCCUCAGGUCAAGGAAGUUAAAAGAUGUUCACUUCUCGGGCAUUCAAAUUACCAACGAAAGUCUAGUAGCACUUGUGACAAGGAAUCCAACAAUAUCAAGACUGAAUAUAGGUUAUUGUGAUAAGCUGACACAUGAAGUCAUCCCUGCAAUAGCAGUAACACUCGCAAAUGAACUUGUAAGUAUAUUGAUCUGUCUCGAAGAAGAUGAUCUAUUCCAGGACAAUUACCCUAAUGACCCAGUAGUCCAAGGACCCACACAUUUAACCCUCAUCAACAUUCACAAUAUAGAGAAUAACGAUCUGGUUGUAGUAUCACAGCAUUGCAAAAACUUAGAAAGGCUUGUACUACAUGUAUUUAGCUGUAGUAGAAUAACCAGUGCAAGGCUGAGGGCGCUGAGUAAAGAAUGCACCAAGCUCAAGCUCCUAGAUGUCUCUUUCUGCUACAGCCUCGAGAAGAGUUCCAGCAAGGAAUUCCUGACAGAGCUACCUGUAAGUCUCAAGAAAAUUGUCCUAGCAGGGCUCCAGCUGGAGGGUGGAGAUAUCCACACAGCCGUCUCAAGGUUACCAAAGCUGGAGACUCUCAGACUAUGCGGGAUAAACUCCAUCACUGAAGAAGAUGUCAUAAAGCUUUACGAGAUGGUUGGACAUCAGCUUAUAUGCUUGGAUAUGACAGGCCACCGUCAGAUCAUGACUGAUGAUAUCCUGAGGCUUAUCGUCAAGAACUGUACAUCCUUAGAGGAGAUCCAGUUGGGAUCAUGUAUGAAGUUGACCGGUGAGUCGCUGAGGGCGCUGUUUAGAGAUCGGGAGAGGUCUAGCAACCUGACACUACUCAGGAUGAGUGGAUGUAAAAAUUUGUACCAUGACAUCUUGCUAGAUAUGAGUAAAGCAUGCGUGAACCUGAUCGAGCUUUACAUGGCGGGAAUCAAGUGCGUUGAUGACACCUUGCUCUUCUCCAUAGCAAACCACAUGCCUCAUCUGAAGAACAUCUCACUCGGGAGCUUCGAUGGUUCAUCUGCUAGUCAGGUCACGGAUAACGGCGUCGUUGAACUGACAAGAUGCUGCCCUCUAGAGGAUAUCUGCCUCGCUGGAAUCCACAGCAUCACAGAUAAGAGUAUAUUUGCUCUCGCCAAUAACUGCCCUGAUCUCAAGAAUCUGUCUAUAUCAGGUUGCAGUAAGGUUACAACGCAAGCAACAAAUUACCUACAGGAUGUUUGUAAUGACAAGGUAUACGUCUCCCAUCGCCUCCCCAAUGCUGAUCCAAACCUUGUCAUGGCCAAGAAUGUCGACACCGGUGAAUUCUGUCAGAUCGAUCAGACAAAAUGGUCUACGUGGUAACCAUACCAACAUUAGUUUGUAUCUAAAUGUCUGUCUCAUGUCAUUAUCCAAGAUAUAUCUUUGUCAUCAUCUUAAAAUGUUUGGCAAGUUCAUCAUUCUGAAGAACAUACUGAAAUAGUGUAUAACUCGUCACACAGUGACUCCUUAAACAAUAGUAUAAUAUUUUAACCUGUGAAGUGAUAAAACCUCAUCGUCCUGAGUGAUAGAUUCCUAAACCACUGAGAAUCAAUGAGUACAGUGUUUUGUGAAAAUAUGAUUGAUUAUUUAUGCAAAUAUUUCUAGACUCAAUCUCACUAUAACCAUUUCAAGAUCAUUCAGGUAUAUAGUUAUAUUAUGCAUUGCCGAGCCAGGACAUUAGUUCUAACAUGUGUACGAUUUGUGUAAACCUAAGAGAGCUUUGCGUGUUUGAUGUUUAGAAACCUCUGUGAGCUUGAAGUUGAAACAUUUGUAAUUCCAUUUUCCUAUUUUCUAUAAAUUUCAUAUCAUUAUGAUAUAGACCUUAUAACACAAGUGAAACCCCCCGUUAGUGUAUAAUUCUUAUUAGUCAUCGAUAAUGAUUUGAUUUAGAUGAUUAUGGUGAUGAUGGUAAUGCAUGAAAUAUAUAACUCUGAUUGAACUUUAUGUUCUAAUGAUCCAAAUUAUAGUUAUGAAUGUUUUUUAAGACAGUAUGUUUGUAUUUGUAAUAAAUGUUUUCAUUUGAAACAAUGUGUAAAGAGUAGAAAGUAUAAUAACCGGCGGUUUACUAAAGAGUUACGCAAAAUGUGAAAAAAAAAAGUGUGAAUUAUAUAAGAAGUACUUGAAAGAUCCAAUUGAAUAUAAAAAAGAUAAAUACAACAAGUAUAGAAAUAUGGUGAAUGGUAAAAUUAUAAAAGCUUAAAUAGAAUAUUUUAAGGCCAAAUUUAAAAAUGCAUCAGGAAACAUACGAAAAACAUGGAAAUUGAUCAAUGAAAGUCUCGGUAAGAGUAGUAAGCAUAAUAUGCCCGACUCGGUUAUGUGCAAUGAUCAAGCUAUAUGUGAUAAGAAAAAAAUAUGAUCUGUUUUUAAUAUUUUUAAAAAUUAAUAUAGGACCUAGCUUAACUGAUAAUUAGACAACAUAGAUAAUGAUUUUAGUAAUAAUGACAUUUAUAGUAAUAUUGAUUUUAAUCCAUGUACAGUUUGUUUUAAUCCUAUUACCCCCACAGAAAUAAUCAAUAUUGUAAGUAAAUUAAAAAAUAAUAAGAGUUGUGGUCAUGAUGAUGUAAGUGUUAAGUUAUUUUGAAAAAAGUUGUUCAUAUUAUAUCAAUUCCUUUAAGUGCAAUAUUUAAUAUUUCUGUAUCUGCAGGUAUAGUACCAGAGCAACUAAAACUUGCAAAGGUUAUUCCUGUUUUUAAAAAAGGUACUAAAAAAUGUUUCUAAUUAUCGACCUAUAUCUAUCCUCCCUGUUUUCUCAAAGAUUUUAGAAAGAGCUGUUUAUAAUCGACUUUUUAUGUUUUUAAAUAAGUGUAAUAUUAUCACUGAAUGUCAAUAUGGUUUUAGACCUGGGCACUCUACAGCUAAUGCAAUUAUGCAUUUUAUUUAUAAUUUUUUGAAAACUUUUGAAAAUAAUCAUAUCUUAAUGGGCCUUUUUUUUAGAUUUAAGUAAAGCAGUUGAUACAUUAGACCACACUAUUUUAUUGAAAAAUUAUAUUAUUAUGGUAUUCGUGGAGUAACUUUAAAAUGGUUUGAAAGUUAUUUAGAAAAUAGAACCCAAUUUGUACAAAUAAAUAAAGAUAAGUCUAAUACCGAAAAACUUAGAUGUGGCGUGCCUCAAGGAUCCAUCCUUGGACCUCUUUUAUUUAUUAUCUAUGUUAAUGAUAUGUGCAAUAUUUCUGAUUAACUGAAGUUUAUUUUAUUUGCUGAUGUCCA